GGGUCGGGCGGGAGGGGAGGAGACCGUGGAGCAGCCAAUGGGAGUGCAGCCCAUCAGCUGACCGCUUUUGCUUACACCAGGUGCACGCCGGCUGCGGGGAGCACAAAGCGGGGCGCACCGAGGGCGCCGGCAGCUAGCCGGUGAGCCAAGCGAGGCCCGUGCGCCCGCGCCUGCAGCGCCCUCCGGGCGGGGAGAGGGGCCGCCGGCGUCUGUGCCGGCAGCAGCAUCCGCGCGGUGGCCUCUCUAGGCGUCCCGGACGCCCUCCUUUGGACCUGGACACUCGCUGCCCCGCUGUCAGCAUCCCGCGUCUACCCUUUAUCCCAAUCCUGCCUGCCUCUGCCCGGCCCCCGAGAGCCGGAUUGAGCCCAGGCCCGCGCAGCAGCUGUUGCUCGUGUUACUGCCUCGCUUCGCGUCUUGGUGCUCUGCCGCGAGCCCCCUAAGGAGCCAGUGCCUGUGGGUUUGGAGGGAGGUGCCGCUCAGCCGGUCUUCCUCCUUCUCCUCUUCCUCCUGCUGCCGCCUCCGGUGCCUGGUCCGUGCGCACCCCGACACCCCUGCCAGCCGGGCCUCGGGGCACAUCUCCAGACUUUGAUUUGGCUGAAAUAACUUAUGCCAUAGAGCUGUGCACAUGCCUGGAAUUGAGAGAUACAGGUAAAGAGACUCCAGAUUGCUUCCUGCCUUUUGAGACUCCAGGAAAUCAUCCCUUCAGACUCUGGAAUUCUACAGUUUUCAACAGAGACUUUGCUUAAAUGUUUACAUUUUUUGCUUGCUGUCUUUCAUACCACUAUAUAGUGCUCGUGUUUUGUUAAAACUUAACAAUUGUCAGGAGUUCAACUUGCUUGGCAAGCCAGCAUGGCUAGGAUGAGCUUUGUUUUAGCAGCUUACCAGACGGUGCUGAGCUUGCUGACUUCAUUAACUGGGUCUUCCCUACAAAGCAGUGAGUGUCCACAACUUUGUGUAUGUGAAAUUAGGCCCUGGUUUACCCCUCAGUCAACAUACAGAGAAGCCACCACUGUUGACUGUAAUGAUCUCCGCUUAACAAGGAUUCCCAGCAACCUUUCCAGUGACACUCAAGUGCUUCUCUUACAGAGCAAUAACAUCGCCAAGACUGUGGAUGAGCUACAGCAGCUUUUCAACCUGACAGAGCUAGAUUUCUCCCAAAACAACUUUACAAAUAUUAAGGAGGUAGGGCUAGCAAACCUGACCCAGCUCACCACUCUACAUCUGGAGGAAAAUCAGAUUACGGAAAUGAAUGAUUAUUGUCUACAAGACCUCAGCAACCUUCAAGAACUCUACAUCAACCAUAACCAGAUUAGCACUAUUUCUGCCAAUGCUUUUUCAGGCUUAAAAAAUCUUUUAAGGCUCCACCUGAAUUCCAACAAAUUGAAAGUGAUCGAUAGCCGCUGGUUUGAUUCCACACCCAACCUGGAAAUUCUCAUGAUUGGGGAAAACCCCGUGAUUGGAAUUCUGGAUAUGAACUUCAAACCUCUCUCAAAUUUGAGAAGCUUAGUUUUGGCCGGAAUGUAUCUCACUGAUAUUCCUGGAAAUGCCUUGGUGGGCUUGGAUAGCCUCGAGAGUCUGUCAUUUUAUGAUAACAAACUGGUCAAAGUCCCUCAACUUGCCCUGCAAAAAGUUCCUAACUUGAAAUUCUUAGACCUCAACAAAAACCCCAUCCACAAAAUCCAGGAAGGGGACUUCAAAAAUAUGCUUCGGUUAAAAGAACUGGGGAUCAACAAUAUGGGGGAGCUCGUUUCUGUGGAUCGCUAUGCCCUGGAUAACUUGCCUGAACUCACAAAGUUAGAAGCCACCAAUAACCCCAAAUUAUCUUACAUCCACCGCUUGGCUUUUCGAAGUGUUCCUGCCCUAGAGAGCUUGAUGUUGAACAACAACGCUCUGAAUGCCGUUUAUCAAAAGACAGUAGAAUCCCUUCCUAAUCUGCGUGAGAUCAGUAUCCACAGCAAUCCCCUGAGGUGUGACUGUGUCAUCCACUGGAUUAACUCUAAUAAGACAAACAUCCGCUUCAUGGAGCCCUUGUCUAUGUUCUGUGCCAUGCCACCUGAAUACAGAGGGCAACAGGUAAAGGAAGUUUUAAUCCAGGAUUCCAAUGAGCAGUGCCUCCCAAUGAUAUCUCAUGACACAUUUCCAAAUCAUUUAAACAUGGAUAUCGGCACAACAGUUUUCCUAGAUUGUCGGGCCAUGGCUGAGCCAGAACCUGAAAUAUACUGGGUCACUCCCCUGGGGAAUAAGAUAACUGUGGAAACCCUUUCAGACAAAUAUAAGCUAAGUAGUGAAGGUACAUUGGAAAUAUCUAAAAUACAGAUUGAAGACUCAGGAAGAUACACUUGUGUUGCCCAGAAUGUGGAAGGGGCAGACACUCGAGUGGUGAUGAUUAAGGUUAAUGGAACCCUUCUGGAUGGUACACAGGUGCUGAAAAUAUAUGUCAAGCAGACAGAAUCUCAUUCCAUUUUAGUGUCCUGGAAAGUCAAUUCCAAUGUCAUGACGUCAAACUUAAAAUGGUCAUCUGCCACCAUGAAGAUUGACAACCCCCACAUAACAUACACUGCCAGGGUCCCGGUGGAUGUUCACGAAUACAACCUAACACAUCUGCAGCCUUCCACAGAUUAUGAAGUGUGUCUCACAGUGUCCAAUAUUCAUCAGCAGACUCAAAAGUCAUGUGUUAAUGUCACAACCAAAAAUGCUGCCUUUGCGCUGGACAUUUCUGAUCAAGAAACCAGUACAGCCCUUGCUGCAGUAAUGGGGUCCAUGUUUGCCGUCAUUAGCCUUGCGUCCAUUGCUGUGUAUGUUGCCAAAAGAUUUAAGAGGAAAAACUACCAUCAUUCAUUAAAAAAGUAUAUGCAAAAAACCUCUUCCAUCCCACUAAAUGAGCUGUACCCACCGCUCAUUAACCUCUGGGAAGGUGACAGCGAGAAAGACAAAGAUGGUACUGCAGACACCAAGCCAACCCAAGUUGACACAUCCAGAAGCUAUUACAUGUGGUAACUCAGUGGAUAUUUUGCUUCUGGUAGUAAGGAGCACAAAGACGUUUUUGCUUUAUUCUGCAAAAGUAACAAGUUGAAGACUUUUGUAUUUUUGACUUUGCUAGUUUGUGGCAGAGUGGAGAGGAUGGGUGGAUAUUUCAAAUUUUUUUAGUAUAGCGUAUCGCAAGGGUUUGACACAGCUGGCAGCGUCUCUAGGCUUCCAGUUUGUGUUUGGUUUUUAUUCUUAUCAUUAUUAUGAUUAUGGUUAUUAUAUUAUUAUUAUUAUUAUUUUGUUUUAGUUGUUGUGCUAAACUCAAUAAUGCUGUUCUAACUACAAUGCUCAAUAAAAUGAUUAAUGACAGGUUGGGGUUCCCCUGUGCUUUUACCAGUAGCAUGACCCCUUCUUCUGAAGCCAUCAGCAGACAGUACCGUGUCCUCCAAAAAGCUAACACAAGGUUGCGAAGCAGCAUUGAAAUUUCUGUAGCAAUCUGGUCUAUAGACUUUUAACUCAAGAAGCUAAGGCUAGACUUGUUACCUUUGUUGAAUGAUGUUAGUUGACUGUACUGUAAUGUUGUAUCAACUAAAUUGAAUGUUUGCUUUUGAACAACAACUUUUCUUUUUGUAAUAGUUAAAAAGCUUAGAACAAGCUAACAGGCAAUAGAAAUAUGUAUAUCAGAUUUUUUAUGUAACAAACUACAUGUUAAUUGUUACCUUAUUCUUUUUAUCUUUAGUAGACACUUUUAAAAAAAAAAGACAAUAAUUUUGUUGUGUUUAACUCACCAACAUGUGGUGUAUAAUGAAGACAGAACUAUAAUAAAUUAGUUUUGUUCUGAUUUUUUAGAACACUUGCAAUAAUGUAUCAUUUAUAGUUCUUGCUAGUUGCAGUGGUGAUAUUUUUCACAUCCCUAAAAACAACCACCAAAAUAAACUACGGACAGCAUGUUGCUUUUUGAAACUAGGCCUAAAAAAUUUUGAUUUCUUUUUCUAAAGGAAGAAAUAAAUAUUUUAAUGAAAAGGAUUUCUAUAUUUUAAAUAUUACUGAUGAGACCUAAUGGAAGGGAAAGUUCAUAUGAAGAAAAAAGGUAUAUUACUGUAUCCCAUAUAGAGCUAAAUGUAGCAAAAGACACAGAUACAUUGGCUGUGUCACAUUCCUUCUCUGUAAGGGUCUUGUUAAAAAUCUGAUAUUUUUUUAAGUAGUAGUCAUAUUCCCCAUCAGUCUAAAACAUAAGUUCCAAAGUGUAUUGCAUGUUAUUCCUUUAACAGCUGUCAUUCUGCCUAGGUACAUAAUAAUCCAUAUAUCAGUGGGGAGAUAUCUACUGAGAAAAGUAAGUGAUUAAUAGAAGAGAGAACAACUUCCCCACAAUUGGCAUUUUACAUCCAAAUAAUAUGUAUAAACAGUUUUGCAGAAUAAUGUGUUUCCCGAAUAACGUGUGUGAAAUUUAGAACAGAAGGAGCCAGAUUUAGGUAGGAGGCCAGAUCCACAAAGUAGGGGAGGGGAAAGAUUUAAAGGUAUAGUUAGAGGAAGGAGGACCCACUUGCAGAUGCAGAUUGAUACAGCAGAGAAAUGUUUUUAAAAGACUGUUCCAGCUGGCACCUGCUCCCAGAGACAUGCUGUCACACCAGGAACGAUGAGAUUGUAGAAAGAAAUUGAGAGCAAGCCGGUGCCAGCUGAGCAAAAGCAAGGGAAAGGGAGAACGAAGUGCAGGUGAGGAAGGAUGAAGGAUUUCUUUGUAAAAUUCCUUUUCUGUGUGUGUGAAUCUCUUAGAAAAAAAUCGUCACCUUCCUUCCCAUAGUGUCUACUGUGUAGAAGAGAAGUUCAAAUGCUGAAGCAAGUGAGCUGCAUAGAAAAACACAGAGUAUCUGAAUAAGAGCAUCUGUUUCCACAGCCUUCAUUUGUUGGCAGAAAAACUGGGGCCCAGAGAAGGAUUGUAACGUGCCCUGGUCAGACUUUUAUCCAUGGAGAAGGCUGCCUCCAUCUGUUGCUCUGGGACCAGCAGCCUUCUAGACUACGGUGCAGAGCUUCUCUUUUACAGUUCUCACAACCUCUGGUGCCCUUGCUUCACAAUGGCCUUGUAGCUUCAAGUUCCCAUUUAUUCAGGACAUGCUUUAGCACAAGGGCAAACGAAAGGGUCAGGAAAGCUUCUGCCUCACGGGUAUUUGCCUGUUACAUGUAGGAUACACCAGGGACUAGAGAUGCUUUGGAUGCAGCCUUGGUUGGGGAGGGUUUCCUGCUGGGGACUCUUGUCUUCAAAUAUCUACAAAGAGUAAUGGACUACCCAACAAAUUCUUCUGCUAAUUCUGCAAACUGUGAAAGGAGAAUGAUGCCAAAGCAUUAGGCCCAGACCAGGGAGGAAGCAUUGUUUAUCCCAUACAGCAAUGACUUGAACCUGGCACAUAAUCAGCACUCGGAUAUUAGUGCCGUAAAUGAAAAAACCACCACCACAACAACAAUGACAAAACUACUUCCCUAUUCUGGAUAUGUAACAAGGGAUCGCAAGAGUCGGACACGACUUAGCGACUAAACCACCACCACCACCACCAAUAAGCAGCAGGAAAUCCGAGUGUUUUUUGCCAACUAUCUUCUGCCAGGUCAGUUUGGGGGUAAAACCCUUUAACUCCUUCUCCAAUAAAAUAUUUGAGCUUCUUUUUCCUUGUCCGUGCUACUUGGUUUGGUUUUCAGUCGAGAGAAAGCAAAAUAGUAUAGUACUUUUUUUUACCCUAACCAAGUAUUUUCUCAUUUGUACUUAAUUUAAUUUGAUAGUUAGACAGCCAGUGAAAUUAGACAUCAAACUAGGUCUUGAUUGGUAAUGGAAGUUAUAUCACCUUUACCAAUGAAGUGACUAUUAUAGGUCACUUUCUAAUUUCAUAUUUUUCUCUUUCACUUCCUGCACCCUCAGGGCAUAUAAUGUUUCUCUAACUUGAUUUUACAAGGUUAUUUUUGGAUCAGUUUCUCAAAACAGGCAUUCCCAAAUUUGCCUAAUUGAACUGAUGCCAUGAAUAUAAAAACAAAUGCAAUGCUUGAUUAUCAAAUUAUCUAAUUUGCCUGUGUGAUUGGCCAAAAGGUAUUAUAUCCAUUCUUUCACAAACAAACAAUACUGAAAUCUGUUAUCUUCUCUUAUGUGGUUUGCUAUUUAUUCAUUCAUUUAUUUGCUAAGGACACCAUGAUCAGUCCUUUACUUGGUGUUUGCUUUCUAUCUCUGUAGUCAUGUGCCAGGGCAUUUUCUUUUCUUCAUUACUGGGGAAAAAAUUUUCACAUCCCUAACAUUUUGCCAGGAAAACCAUACUUUCUGCUUUUCUAUUCACUGAAAAGGGGAGUUUAACUACUUCUGAUGCAUUCUAAAUACAACUGAAAAAUGCUUUCUUCACCUAAGUUCUGUCGCUCUCACUCUGCUGGCAAAUAGACUUUUUAAAAAUUGUUAUUCAUAAGGGAUUACCUGCAGGGAAAAUGUCUCUUAAAAGACUUUGACAAUCACCAUUCAUCCAGAGUUCUGGAAUUAUUUUGACCUAGAAUCCCUGCCGGACUUGAUCUAAUCUGGUGUUGGCAAGAUCUCUGCUCUGCCUCCCUUGCAGUGAUACCAGCUCCUUCACUCUGUACUCCAAAUCAGGAACUUAGGGUACAUGGUAAGAAUAAGGAGAUAGCAAGGGAGUGCUUUAUUUUUGUACCUGCUUAUUCAGCAUUGCCCAGCACAGGUUGAGAGAACUAAAUGGAUGUCUAGUAUUGUAGAGCUCCUCAGACACUUGAUGGUACUAAUAUGACUAGUACAUAGCAUUUCCCAGUCAUUUCACCAUUAGGAUAUUUCAGGCUACUAUUCUGUAUUACAGAUCCUGAGAAUUUGAGGAUUUAAUUUAAUCUCCAAAAUAGUCCCGAUAAACUGGGUUUUUAUUCUUCACAAUUUUAUAGAAAAGACAACCAAGGCCCAUUUGCUGUUGUUCAGUCACUAACUCGUGUCCAGGUCUUUGCAACCCCACAGACUGCAGAAUGCCAGGCUCUUCUUUCCUCCACUAUGUCCUAGAGUCUGCUCAGAUUUAUAUCCAUUGAGCUAGUAAUGCUAUGUAACCAUCUCCUCCUCUGCUGGUCCUUUCUCUUUUUGCCUGACACCAUUCAGUUCUGUAAGUGGGUGACCAGGAUGGGGCCCUUCACUUCCAGUCUCCUCCACAUCCACCUGGCACCCUUCUAAGGUGGAAGGGGGAGCAUCUACCAAAGGAGAGGCUGGAGGUCACAAGCAUGUGGAAGGAGGCAGACAAAGCACAUACGGAGCAUUCAUGGGAGAUGGCUCUGCAAACUUAAUAUCUUAAAGUUCUUCUCUCUUCCCCUCUAAAGCUCUGUGCUAGGAAUUUCUGAGAUACCCAUCAAAACUAUGUUCACAUGAGGCUUAACUUUAAUUCUAACCUUCAAUUUUCCUAUAAUCUCUCUGUUACAUGCUCAGAAAAUUUUAAAGAUUGUGUGGAAGAAAUUCCAAGCUCCUCCUUUCCUUAGCAGAAAAUCAUGGAAGGUGUAUGUAAAGUUAGUAACAAACUCAGUCUUUAGCUCUGAAGCUUAAAGAGGGAAAUGUGGAAUUCCUAUAACUGGAAGGGUGUGUCUGACAUACUUGGAAAAAAAUGGGUUUUGUAUAACCACCAAGUUUAUGGAAUUGGUGAGAUCUUUUUAUUCAGGGAUUUCUCUGUUCCCUAGGGGAAAAAAAGUAUCCAGAGGCUGAAAGACAUUAAAAGGAUGCCUUGAUUUCUUGUUUUUAAUAAAUGUGAUAGCCUUCUUGACAUACUCGAGUUUUGUCAGUUGCAUACUACUUAAUAUGAAGCAAGGCCCGUUUCACUCCCUUCAUGAAAGUAGCUCUCAGUACAGAGUGGGUCAGACCGUGCAGUCCUCCUCUUUGCACCUUGGCUUUCCUUUCUCUCCCAUAAGAUUAAACUGACAAGGUAAAUUUCAGCCUGGGCCCUGAUAAAAUGGUCAUGAAUUCUUAAUUAGCAGAUUGCCCUGAAUUAAGCAGCAUUUUAAUGCAUCAGUCUGCUCCUUAGCAUGUCUCACUAAUACAAACAAGACAGGAUGGUCCUGGAGGGAAGAAGACCAAAUGUACAGUGGUGACUUAUGAAGGAAGAAGGAGGGAAAAACAUUUUUUUCUGUAUGUAGCCCUCUACUAGGAGCUUCGUGUGGAUUAUUUACGUUUAAUCCUUUUAAUUGACCCUCCUCCCCCAGGUAGUGGGUACAGGGCAGGUAGCAUUGUCCCUCCACUAGAGAGGAGAAAAAUGAAUACUCAACCUCAAAAAUGCAAGCAAUUUACCUGAAAUCAUACAGCUUCUAAGAAGGAGAACUUAAACUCAAGAUUUAUAUAAAUAAAACUUGCAGUGUUUCCAUUAUAAAAUGGUCUGCAAGCUAAAUCUGGACCAGGAGUGGAGAACACUGAGCCCAAAAGCCAAUUUGGCACUUGAGACAGAAGGGAAAAUGGAGCAAAAGGAGGCACUGCCCAGCAGUGAGGCCUCAGAGUACCGGGAUCUAAUUUAAGACCCAAACUUGAGAUCAGUAUACAGAAAUAACAGUCAGCCAGAGAGAGGAAAAAGUAAAGGACUAUUUGUGAUAGUAAGUCCAUACAAUCAGAUGGAAGACACUGAAGCUGAAGAAGAAAAAACAAUUUAAAAAAAAGGCAGGGGGCGAUGGAUAGGGGUAGAACUUGGAGUAGAUGCCAUAUUUUGCCAUAUACUGAGCACUUACGCUCCAGAUAUUGUACUUAUCACUUGACUCAUAUUAUCUCAUGUAAUCUUUAACAGCUUUAUGAAGUGGUUAUUUUUAUGAAAUGCAUAUAUACUAUUUUUCACAUGGAGAAACUGAGCCUCAGUUCAUCAGUCUUAAUUUGAAGUCAGAUCUGAAGCCAAGAGUUCAGCCCUGGCUGUGAGACUCUAAAGCCCAUGACUGACCGCUGAACUGUUUUUGUAGCUAAAAGCCACCCAGAGGACUGGGCUGGCCAGCUCCUUUGCUUGAUUGAUUUGGUUCUUCCCUGAGAGUGAGGAGCAAGAAAAAGGAUAGGUUUCAUGACCUUGUGAGGAUCUUGAAAGGACCUUUCCACAAAAGGUGUAUAAACAUGGGAUUAACGCCACAGACUUCUGGUAAGAAAAAAAACGCUGCCUCAUUCUUUUUCUUUUGUAACCCUUAAGGUUAGUCUCACAGUUUAAUCAUUUCCCUGCUCUGCCUUUUAAAGCUACACCACAUCAUUCAGAGCACAGAGAACACAGAUGCUUGAGUAAUCUAAUCUUAACUUUCUUGCAUAUCAUUCAGGGGGUGGGGGGAGGGAGGCCAUAGGGGGUGGAAAGGGAAGACAAACUCCCAGGGGACCCAUUAAGUGUUCUAGACUAAAUCCCAUAUCUUUGUGAUCUCAACAGACUUCAAUUUAAAAAUACAUUACUUUCUAUCUUAUAAGAAACAAAUUGGUUUAAAUACCUCUUGUUCUACUGAUGAAACUAUAAAAAAAGUCCACUAUGAACAGUAACUAAAAAUGUAUGCUCCUGUAUUAUUUUUCCUCUGAUUAGAAUAUGACACAUAACAAUGUUCUGUUUCACCAAAUUUUAUUCUAACUGGCUUAGAUGUGUGCACGACAUCUUAAGAUAGUCCUAUUUGCCAUUCAUUUUUAAAUAGUAAUUUUUUCCCUUCGAUUAUAACUGUAACAUACAUUCAUUAUAGAGUAUCUGGAGAAAAAUAGUAAGAAAAAAUAGUGUUUAUCAAAAUAACCAAGUGAGAUUUUGGUAUACUUUAGAAAAUCCUUUUUCCCCUCUGUGUGUAUAUUUAUAUAUGUAUAUAUACAACAAUUAUUAAAAUAUACAUCUUUAUGAAUAUAGAAUUUAGAAUCCUGGUAUAAAUGGUCUUGUAUAUUUUUUUUCCCUUCAUGCAAAAAAAUAGAGCAUCUUCUCAUAUUAUUUAUUAAAUUCUCAUGUAAA